AUGGAGACUGAUUACAAAGCAACAUAUCCCGAACGUUAUAUCGACGGGCCUUUAAUCCUCGACAGAGAUUCACCAGACGACUAUGAUAAAAAGGAGUUAGUUCGGUGGAUAAAUAGUCAACUCAUGGAUAACAAGACUAUGACAGAUGACUAUAAAUAUAUUCCAAUUAAAGAAGAUGGGAAUGAUUUUUUCUAUGCCCUUUCUGAUGGUGUGAUUAUUCGACAAAUUAUAUUAAAAUAUUACCCGACUUAUAAAAUGGAUGUUAAAUUUGGGCAGAGUGGACUGAUCAUGAAAAAUUCUAAUAUUACAAACGUCCUUCGUAUUACUCAAAUCAUUUUAAACAAAAACACAAUCGGCGCACAAAAUUUGUCCAAACCGGAGAAGUCCUCAGCUUCUCUUGUUCUUGGUUUUGUGUGGGGGCUUCUCGACAAAUUCCAAGAGAAGAAAAUUAAAGACUUGAUGAGUGGUAAUGAGGGACUAACUGUUAAUGACUUUUUAAUUAAUUGGGUCAACGAAGCUCUUGAGAAAGAAGGCGUCUCAAAGAGAAUUAAUAACUUUGCAGACGACGUGACGGACUGUGUCGCGUACGCUCAUUUACUCCACAACUGCGAUAAGAGAUGUACAUUGGACGCGUUAAACACGUCCGACCCUUUAGAACGCGCGGAGCGCGUUCUUCAGGCUGCGGACAUCCUCGGAGCGCGAGCGUUUGUCGAUGCGCGACAAAUCGUCGACGGCGACGGGAUCCGUAAUUUCCGGUUUGUCAACAACUUAUAUGGUGUUGUCAAUCGACUUAAAAUGGAAGAGGAGGAGCGCCAGAAGAAGUUGUUAGCGGAGCAAAUGGCGCAACUUGCGAAAGAUGAAGAACAGCGGAAACGGGAUGCCGCUGAGCAGGCACUUCGCGACAAGGAGGAAGCGGACAAACAAGCUGAGCGGGACCGACUUGCGAAGAUCAAAGAACUUGCGCGAAAGAAGGAGGAAUUACAAGACAAAGCGAAGGAGAAGCGAGCGGAAGAGAUCAGUAAAGCGAUAGAUGAGGAACACAAGACUUUAGAUGCACAAGCGGAUGAAUUAGAAGAUAAGAAGUUAAUGUUAGAGCAAAUGAAUCAAUUGAUUUUAGAGUCCAAAGUCCAAGAUGCCCGGCAAGCGCGAGAAGAUGAGGCGAAAUUGAAUCAAGCGAAGAUUGAAGCGAAAAAGACGGAGAUUCAACAAAACGAAGAGACUGAGGAGAGUGCAAAACAACUUGCGAUCAUGCAAAAAUUGAUAGAAGAGAAAGAAAAAGAGAUGCGGGUGAUUGAAUCUUUAGCUCAUUUGGAUAACGAAGGAGUUAAAAAUCUCACUAAUGACGUCAAAGAAGAGAACGUCAAAUUAAAAGACGACUUGAGACAAACCCAAAGCGUGUUAUCGGAGAGUCGGACUGAAUUGGCUGCUGCGCAAUUGGAGACGCAGAAAAAGCAAGAGGAGGUGGAUACGGUGAAAAAGAACAUGGACGCCGAGACGAAACGAAUGUUAGCGGAGAAAGAGAUGCGCGAGGCGCGCAUCAAUCGCGAGAAACAGAAUGCGGAAACGCUCCAGUUGAAAAUCACGGAGAUGGAGAAGAUGACGGACACCUUAAUUAACGACAUCAAUCAGCAAAAGGUCGAGACGAUCACGAAGACGGACACCCUCACUGAUUUGCAAGACCAGAACAAAAACACUUUGAAACAAGAGAAGAAGGCGAUGGCGGAGUUUGAGUCGCAAUUGGAGAAGAUCAAAAUGUUACAAAAGAAGCACAAGAGUAAUCAGAAAGAAACGGAAGAGACAAAGCGAGAGAUAAUGAAGACAAAGAACCAACAAAAAGUGGUGAAUACGGAGAAGAUGAUGGUAGUAGCGGAGCGAGAAGACUUAGAAACACAGUCCGAGUCGAAAUUAACAAAACAAGAGGAAUUAGCGCAACGCGUUGAGUCUCUCGAUGCCAAAGUCUUUGAUCAAGAGAAUGAAUUACAAAAUUUAGAAGAGAAGAAUGAGCAAGACGACGAAGACAGGAAGUUCAAAUUGGAGUUGGAGAACCAAAAGAAGUUACAAGACAUCGAACGACAAAAGAAAGCGGCGGACGACGAGAAGAAACGCUUAGAGAAAGAGCGCAAGAAAGCAAAACGGGAAGAAAAAGAGGCGAAAGCAAAGAUAGAAGAACUCAAAGAGAAACAAAAGGAGCGCGCAAAAGAGAAAGAAGCACUCGAACUGGAACGGAAGGACUUUGAGGAACGGUCGAAAAUAAUCGAAGAGCGCGGGAAGAAGGAUAAAGAGAGUCAAGCGGAGUUUGAGAGUCGAAUGGCUUUAUUAACACAAGAGAAAGAGCGUAUUCUAUCAAAGCAGAAAGACAUCGAAAGUGCCGAGAAGGAAGAUAAAAAGAAGAUGGAUCGACUCCGUCGAAAGCGCGAGGAAGCAAAGAGGAUGCGUGAAGAUGGGUUAACGGUAGCUGACCCGACAAUGGCCGACGUCGAGAAGGAACUUUCCGAGAAAGAAAAACGCGCAAAACGACGAGAAGAACGCGAGAAGGAACGACUGAAAAAGGCGGGACGAGACUCCGAUAAAGGCGAAGAAAGCAAAGAAAUAACUCCAUCAGAAAGUAGUGACAAAAGCGAAGAGAAAAGUACGAAUUCGGCAUUGUCGUCAUACGAAGAAAGAAGGAGGAAAAGAGAAGAAGAAAGAAAGGCUAAAGAGGAAGAACGAAAAGCAAAAACCUCAGCUUUGACUAAACCUAAAGACAAAAAGGAAGAACCACAGAAAGAAGAGAAAAAAGAACCAGUCGAUAGAGCAGCAGCUAUUGAGGAACGUAGAAAAAAGAGAGAGGAAGAGAGAAAGGCUCGUCUCGCCUCUGCUAAGUGA